AUGGUCUCAUUCUUCGGCUGGGGCUCAAGCCCAAAGCCCACCGAAAGCUCAGAGAAGCCUUCAGAAACAUCCAACCCGAAACAACCCCAAACCCCAGAAGACACACCCACAACGCUCCCAAUGCAAUUGCCUCGGCCACCAGCGCGCGAGAAUACAAACCUGAAGCUCCUGUUUGGAGGAAUGACCUUCUUCGCCCUCACAGUACUAGUAACCAGACGAGCCUUUAACAAAAAGCGCAUCGCAUGCAUCCCACCCUUUUACACGAGCUCCGUCUACCACCAACCGCACUCGAACUCCGCAGCGGACGCCUUUGAGGCACUCAAUCUGGCUACGUUGAAUGUUUUGUCAUUCGGUAUGAUGGCUGGUGGUGCAGCUGGGUAUGCAUUGAAUAUCAAUAGUUUGGAUGAUAUGCGGAGGUUUGUUAGGGCUGGGUUGCAAGGUGGCAGUGAUGCGCCUGUUAAGAGUGAUGAAGAGUUGGAGGCCGAGGUUACCGAGUGGGUCAGUAAGGUGCUUGGUGAUCGAUUUGAGAAGCAGCUCGAGAAGGAGAAGGCAAAGAGGUUGUCGUCCUUUGAGUCGGGAACGAAGGAGAACUAG